UCCAUUUCUAGCAUUAUAGCCAAUAAUAUUCCGAUUAUGCCAUUCCUGCAUAUCCACAUUCGAAUGUCGCUUCUUGCCGCCGACUACAGCGACAGCGACAGCAGCAGUGCGUCCGACAACGAAGAGGUUGCGCCAGUGGUGCUUCCUGUGAAGAAGACACCUACCAUCGUACUUCCGCGUGUGGACGACAUCUUCAAGGAAACCAAAACGCCUUCGUUCCUCGUUAAGCCGAAGAAAGCCAGCUUGGACACAUUCGACAUCGACAAGGAAUCCCUCACAAAGCUGCCGCCCCCGCCUGUGGAGUGGUCGCCGUCGAUCGCACGUGUAGAUCACGAGGAUGAACAGACAGCUUCGAGCGCAAAGGUAGGGUCCAUGUAUCAGUUCCCUGGCGUCGAUCAAGGCAUUCCAAAGCGCACGAAGCAUUUACCCCGCCAGCAUCAGAAGAACGCGAGUGACCACCACGGACAUAAGAGGAAAGGGGCAAAUGCUGACACGGACAAGGCGAGCGGGAAGGACCGCGUGAAGCAGCAGCGGCUCAAGGGCCAGUCGGGCAUCGGCAGCGACUUCAAGUCAUGGAAGUCGGAGACAGAGAUGAAAAUGCGCCAAGGGUUUGACUGAAUACAAAUCGAAACAUGUUUCCUUGUUCCCA